CCUGCUUUGACAUGGCCAAUGAUACAGCAUCAGCUAAGAAGUCGGGCGUAGCUUCGCCUUGGCCCUAUCUCCAUGUAUUACUUUGGUUCCCCGAUCCCUUUCUUCAGCAGGUGUUCCACACAGCGUUUGUUUGCCCAUCUCUUCUUCCCGUCUUUUCAGACCGACUGACAGUCGAGGUCAGACAAACAUCAACUGUUGUACGCCGCAAACGGGUAGCACCUGAACGCAACAGUGUUUUGCCUUUUCGCUACUAUUUGGAUUCUGUGUAGCGAAUUGGGCAUCCUCCAAUUGUCGCAUCAUCUUAUCUAUCCUUGGCCUUGCCGCCUUGAGUGCAAAGCCUGCCUGACGAUAGAGUACCACACUCGACCCGCCAUUCCCCCCCCCCCCCCGUUCGAUCGUCACCAGCGCCCUUGGCCACCCGGCCUGGUCGCAAGUAGCUUUGUGUCUCUUUUUCUUGUCUGUCUGGUUCUUGCUUUGCCUUCGUUUCCCUCCUUUCCUUCUAUUCACCCUGUACUGCACCGUCGCCGUUGGAUCGACGAGUUGGACUACCCAGCCAGCUGUUGCUUGUACAGCACCAGCCCUCAACGACGACAUUGUGCCAGGGAGAAACUGAAGGCCAAGGCGCCGUGCGCCCGACAUCGCGACCAUGCAGCCGGCGGAAAGUUCUUGGUCGGCCUCAAAGGAGUCGACAGAGCUGCCACGGUCCUCCUCAACGUCACACUCCUCGGUAGGGGCCGUAUUCGAUGCCCAGAGACAGUCCUUCCUGGACCACAACGUCUUCAAGAAAGUCAGGAACCACAUUCCGUCCCGAUUCCUGAGCAACCGCCGCCUCGCCAUCGCCCUCGGAGGCGCUGUAUUUGUCAUCAUCCUUCUUGUUGCCGCGAGCACGGGAUCACAACCGGCCAUCGUCCUCGACGUCAAUGCGGCUGCCAACCGCACCUUGGGCUUCGGCUCGAUCGAAAUGAUCAACCUGCCCAUCCGCCAAGACAAGGCCGACGCUGCUGCUGUCCAGGCGUUUUUGUCUGGCCUCAACAUCAAAGUCGUGGAGGGUGUCAACGGCAGCCGCCUUGGUGAGGUGGGCAUGCCGCCAAGCAGUGUUCCCGACACCGAACCUGGCUUGUCCGGCGGCGAGAAGGGAUGUUGGAGAUCGCAUGCAAACGCCUGGAGCUCCAUGCUCCGUGCGAAUGCGGAAACAGUCCUCAUCAUGGAAGAUGACGUGACUUGGGACGUAAAUGUAAAGGAAGUGAUGCGCCUUGCCGCCUCACACUUGCCGGCUCUGCUCAACGGCACCGGCGUGUUCGGCAUCAACCCGACUCGGAGCUCUCACGAGCAGGCACGGAUCGACCCUUGGCACAGCAGUCAAUGGGAUCUGAUCACCUUCGGACACUGCGGCGACGGCGACGGCUGGAAGUCGGAGCGGGUCAAAUACGACGACCCUUAUACCAACGGCGAAAAGAGCGAAUAUUUUGGCAUCGGUCUCAAGGGCGGCCGUCGAAUGAUCCGUCGAGCCGGCGGCCUGACUUGCACAGGCGCAUAUGCAGUCAGCGCACGCGGCGCUGCGAAGCUUCUUUUGCGAAGCGGUUUCGACUUGAACCUACCCGUCGACGUCAUCAUGAACGAUAUGAUUCGGAAUGGCCAACUCCGAGCCUACAGCAUCUGGCCGCCACCCGUUGUGCAGUGGCGUUACCGCGACAAGUUGGGCAUGUGGGGAUCCAUGGGAAGCGACAUCAGGGUCGAGCACAAGGACCAGGAUCGAAGUGGAUGGGAAGAGGCACACAAGCAGCACGAUGUGUGGCAGCUCAAGGGUGAUACCAAGGGGUUGAGGGAGCCCGCCAUUAAGAGCGCUUGGGGCAUUUUGAUCGGUCAUGACGACGAGUAGAAGCUGCAUCGGCGUUCAGACACGACCUGGGUUGGCGUAAUGGAGUCACGGCUAUAGGGGAGCAGCAGACGUCUGCCUACUUACUAUCUUUGGAAAAAACAUAAUACCAACAAACCAAACCUCUGGUGAGAUAGCAUUCGCUGAACAUCUUCGACUGCAUUCAUCAUUAACGUACACUUUAUGAAAUUCAUCUUCACUACAGCAGCGUGGCAUCAUUAGGUCAGCC